AUGACGAACGACAGUACAGAGGUACACCACGACUUCCAGGCUCGACCGCCUCACAGCCAUGUCCAGCGUCUCGAACGAGCUCGUAAAGCAGGUCAACCCGUAGAUGAGCAGCCGCAGGAGAUAUUCUUCGGCGUCGCAGCUACCAAGAGACCAAACGAUAAGAUCGAAGUAGGCUUCUGUGCCCACGAUGGCACCUACAGCAUGGACUUUGCUGUGCACUGCAUUGAAGCUAAAGGUGACGCCGCAAAGACCUUCUCUGACUAUGUGGUCAUGAGAGUCAAGAAUUAUCAAGAUGAACACCACUACAAAUACCUCGGCGCUGGUAUCUCCAAAGCUGCUCGCGAACUCUCGCCAGAUCUGCCUGCUAGAAUGUGGGCCGAACUCGACAUUCCCACUUUGGAAUUUGAGAGAAGUGUUGUGGAGAGCGAUCAUAUCAAGACUCCUGAGGUCGAUGUUGAUGAGGAGGCUGAUGCCAUGGCUAGAAAGUGCGUCGGCAUGUAUGGCCCUCAGAAGCAACCUCUUCUUCAAGUCGGCUUCUUGAAUGAAGUCUCGGUCGAUGCUGCUGGCCAUACCUUACUCUGCACACUGGAGCAAUAUCGCAACACAGUCCGUAAGACAACAUGGGAUGCCACAAUGUACUAUGCCGAACGUCUCAAGAAGAAAGGCAUCAGGAUGGCCUUCCUGAAUGCUACUCCUCAAGGUGGAGGUGUUGCACUAAUGAGACAUGCCUUGGUCAGACUAGCCCGCCUUCUCGAAAUCGAGAUGAAGUGGUAUGUUCCAAGGCCUAAGAAUGAAGUCUUCCGCAUCACAAAGACCAAUCACAACAUCCUCCAAGGUGUUGCUGAGCCCAACGAGCGCCUUACCUCGGAGCAAGCCGAAACAAUCAAGACAUGGAUCUAUAGCACUGCCAAGCGUGACUGGCUACGCAAAAAAGGUCCACUGGCCAAAAUUGAAGACGGAGGUGCUCAUAUCCUUNUUGUCGACGAUCCCCAAAUGCCGGAUAUCGUGCCUCUAGCAAAGGAGAUUGAGCCUGGUCGUCCUGUGCUCUUCCGUUCUCAUAUUCAGGUCAGGGCUGAUUUGGUGGAUGGCGAGCCCAAGAGUCCUACUGCUGAGGUUUUCGAUUGGUUGUAUUCGCGCGUCAAGGAAGCGGACAUGUUCAUCGCUCACCCGGUCAGUGACUUUGUGCCAAAGGUUGUUGAACCCGAGAAAGUGGCUUACUUGCCUGCAACUACUGACUGGCUUGAUGGCUUGAACAAAGAGCUCCGCAAAGAGGAUUCCCAAUACUACUUCCGCAACUACAACACCCACUGUCAGCGCUCCAACCAACCACCUCUCGCUUUCCCUGAUCGCGACUAUAUCGUCCAGAUUGCGCGUUUCGACCCAUCCAAAGGCAUCGACACCGUCAUCCGCUCCUACGGCGAAUUGCGCAGAAAGUACUAUGCAGACACCGACCCUUCCAAAACACCACAACUCUGCAUUGCUGGUCACAGUAGUAUCGACGAUCCCGACGCAAGCGCCAUCUUCGACAAGACCAUGGACCUCAUCGACUCUGAGUACUCGGAAUUUACAGACGACAUCUCAGUCAUGCGACUUGGACCUAUCGAUCAGGAACUCAACGUCUUGAUGAGUAACGCAAAGAUCUGCUUGCAGCUGUCGACGCGUGAAGGUUUCGAAGUCAAGGUCUCGGAAGCUCUGCACAAAGGCGUUCCGGUGAUUGCCACACGUGCCGGCGGCAUUCCUCUACAAGUCGAAGACGGCAAAUCCGGGUUUUUGGUUGAUACUGGCGAUCAUGAGAAGGUCGCCGAGUAUAUGCACAAACUGUUCACUGACAAGGACUUAUACAGCAAGAUGAGUAAGUAUGCAGCUGCUCAUGUCAGUGAUGAGGUCAGUACAGUAGGAAACAUGCUUUCCUGGCUGUUUUUGGCGGAUACGAUGGCUGGAGAGGAGGGAAAGAAGUUGGACGUGAAUGGACGCUGGAUUAAUGAUCUGGCAAGAGAGGGGGCUGGAGUGCCUUAUGAAGAGGGCGAGCCCAGAUUGCCUAGACAUUACAAGACUUGA